AUGAGUAGAUAUACAUUCCCAAUUCUGGAUAUUCCUGAGAUCGUUUUAACUUUGCAUAAAUGUGAUUUUGCAAUGGCUAAUGAAGUUAACAUUCGCAGACCCACUUCCGAGUAUAUUAUCACUCUAUACAAGCAAAUUAUUGAAAGUUAUAUGGGUCUUUCAGCAGAUCAUCUGCUUACUUUAGGUGUAAAUGCUAAUAAAGAAUCAGUUACUAAUGACAAUAAUGAUGAACAUAAUGUUUUAAAUGUAUUGGUUUUGAAUAAGAUCUGUUUCAAGUUUUUUUUAAAUAUUGGAGUAACGGAUUUCAAUAUCAUGGAUCUAUACAAACCUGAUCAUUUAAGAGUGCAAAGGUUACUAAGUGCUGUGGUUAAUUUUGCUAGAUUUCGUGUUGAGAAAAUGGAAGAUUGCACAGAUAUUAUUGAAAAAUCUGGUGUCUUGCUAGAUGAAUUGACCUCUACUUUUCACAAGUUUAACUAUUUGCAAAAUAUCAAAAACCAAUACGUGAUAAAAUCACAUCCAUCGAAUGAACUUGAUAACGUUUCACCAUUUGUUGACUCGAUUAAUAAUGAAGAGGAAUUGAAAAGGUUAGAUAGUGAAAAUGCAGCUUUAGAAAUUGAACUGAAAAAAUUGACUGCUGUUCAAGAACAAUUGAAGAAUAAUUACGAUAAUUAUAAGAGAACUAAAAAUGAUCUUUUCACAGGUUUAGAGUCAGUUAAUUUUAAGUAUAUAGAAUUGGAAUCGGAAAAGAAAAAACUAGAGAAAUUCACAAAUGCAAACAUAGUUGAUAUAAACAGAAAGAUUGAUGAUGUUAAAUCUCAAAUAAAAAUUUACGAUGAAAAAUUAAUUUCAUUACAAGAAAAACAAAAUAAUGUCAAAGUUGCAGUGACUAGUUUGCAACAUAUAAUCGAAGAGCUCUACGAUAUAAUACGACUAUUAUCCACCGAUUUAGAACAAAAAAAUAGAGAUGAGCAAGAUCUUUUAAAUUUCCAAAAACAAUUGAAGUUAAGAAACGAAAAAUUAGAAGUGCUAUUAAAGUCAAAUAUUAGUUAUAAAUUGAAGUUAUUAAAUAAUCAAUUAGAAGCACAAAAUGAAAAAUUAUUAGAUUUAAAGAAGCAACACGAUAGAGAAACUUUAGAGAAUGAUUCGACCAUAACUAAUUUAAAGAGAAAAUAUAAUGAAGAAACUUUAAAAGAAUUUAAAGAAGGUGAAAAAAAUAUUCAAGAGAAUUUAAUCAAUAUAGAAUUAAAAAAUAUUGAAUUGGAAAUUGAAGAAAUGCAAAAUAAUUAUAAGAUUGAAAUUAAUGAAAUUGAAAAUCAAUAUUCAUUACUGGUAACUCAUAUAAAUAACUAUAUGGAAAAAAUGUUAAACAAAAUGCAGAUUUAA